GGUGGAGGGACACCGGCAGCUAGCUCCUCCGACUUCCCAGAGUCACUCAGGUGCCCCUCGGAAGAGGAUGGAGGGGUCCUGGGACGCCGGGGCUCCGGAACCCGGAGGGAAUCAAACUCUAAAGCAGUGUCUGCUGCGCCGCAACCACAGCCGCGAACAACAUGGCGUGGCGGCCUCCUGCCUCGAGGACCUGAAGAGAAAGGCCUAUGACAUCCUGGCCAUUGAUAAGUCCCUGGCACCAGUUACCCUGGUCCUGGCAGAAGAUGGCACCAUAGUGGAUGAUGACGAUUACUUCCUGUGUCUACCUUGUAACACUAAGUUUGUGGCGUUGGCCGGUAAUGAAAAGUGGGCGUACAGCAACUCAGACGGAGGUACGGCUUGGCUUUCCCAGGAGUCCAUGGAUGUAGAUGAAACAGACAGCGGGGCAGGGCUGCGGUGGAAGAACGUGGCAAGGCAGCUGAAGGAAGAUCUAGCCAGCAUCAUCCUCCUAUCAGAGGAGGACCUCCAGGUGCUCAUCGAUGUUCCCUGUUCAGACCUGGCUCGGGAACUUUGCCAAAGCUGUGUCACAGUGCAGGGGCUGCAGAACACCCUCCAGCAGGUCCUCGACCAGAGAGAGGAAGCCCGUCAGUCCAAGCAGCUCUUGGAACUUUACCUCCAGGCUUUGGAGAAGGAAGGCAGCAUCUUGCCAAAGCAGCAAGAGCCCGAGGCUGGCUUCAGUGACGAGAGGGACGCCGUUGACGCGGGUGUGAGCAGAGCAAGCCCCUCGGAAACUGCCCUUCCAAGCCAGAUCCUCACCGCCCUGAGGGAGAAGCCUGCUCCAGAGCUGAGUUUGUCUAGUCAGGAUCUGGAGUUGGUUACCAAGGAAGACCCCAAAGCACUGGCUGUUGCUUUGAACUGGGACAUAAAGAAGACGGAAACUGUCCAACAGGCUUGUAACCAGGAGCUGAGCCUGCGCCUCCAGCAGGUACAGAGUUUGCACUCCCUCAGGAGCAUCUCGGCACGGAGGAGUUCGCUGCCCGGAGAGCUGCAGAGUCCCAAACGAGCCAAACUCGACCCCACGUAGCUGUAGCUGCAAGGAUGCCAAAGAGAACCCUGCGACCUUGGUUUUUGUUACCAGUAAACCCCUUCAGCCUCUUCAGCUACCUUGUAAACUGCUCUACCCCUUGCCUUGGAGCACGUUCUUCUGGAACCGGCUGGAAGACUGGCUCCAGGCCUCCUUCUGAAAAGCUGCGCCAGGUCUCAGCAGCUGCCCUUCCACCCAUUUUGAAUGAUGCAGGUGCACCAAUCGUAUCUGGCCUCUUCUAAUUAUCACAUGUUCUUGUGUUCUCCAUUGUAAAGUAAUUGUGAAGGGCAGUGAAAAGAAAUCAUCGUCAUUUUAGACUCAUCCUUGUGUUCUAAAGAUAGAAAUGCAGAAUUUAAACCCAUAGUGGUAGAGAAGGUGACAUAAUACUGUGGAUUAUGGCCACAAACUUAUUUCUCAGGUUACUGAACUUUUUUGUUUGUCUGCUUAAAGGUAUAUAUUAAGGCGGCAGACCACAGGCACAUACGGAGAGUCUCACCAUUUCUAAUACUAAUUCAGUAUUGUGAAAUUAUAUCUGAAACUCUCCUCAGUUUUCUAAUGCUUUAUCAGCAGGGGCUAAAUGAACUUCCGUGAGAUAUGACUCCAAGUCUCUGGGUGCAAAGCAGAGACUUCUGGUUUAUGCGCCUCCUGUCUCUGCAAGCGCACUGCUCAGGUUUUAUAAUCUACAGUACAGCCCCCUUGCAGGGAAAAGAUAAUGGGUUAUCAUUGACUUUUUUUUUUUAAAGCAUGCUUAGAGGAAAAUAGAAUGCUAUUAAAAUAUACAUUGGCUAAUUAUUAAGUAAAGAAAUGUAAGUCCUGAGGUGAGGGGAGGUACAGAACACAAACAGGCCAAAAAGAAUUGUAUCCCUCUCCUGGGGUCUGUCAGGGGACCUCAGGUGGGCUUGUCGCCCUUUUACUGAAGCCUUACCUCCUUAGUUCUCACGUCUCAACCCCAGCAUUUCCUUUUUUAAUAAAUAGCUUGUUUUGUUGCACCUCCUUAAUUAUCCUUAAGUGAAAGCCAGGGCUGAUUACCUACCUACACGUAUACUUCUAGAACCACUGACAUAAUACCCCAAAUGCAGUGUUUCCGAAGAAACAAAAAGAAGAUAAUUUCCAAUAAAACGGCAUGUACC